AUGCGUGUCUUUCCGGUUGCAGACGACAGGAGAAAAAAAAGAAAGUCAAGGUGGAGGAAAAUCAAAAGAAUAUGUAGAAAAUACGGUGGAGGUGGUGUUCUUGGGAUGGGAGGCUAUUUUGGCGAAAGACUGGGGUGGAAUAUCCUACAAAUUAUAAUUCGUUUCCUUGCUGAAAAUUUCGUUAAUUCUGGGCGGCCGUACCUGUCCAUAUCUAUCUAUCUAUCUAUCUAUCUAACACGCACUGGUUCAUAUCUAUUUAUCUAUCUAUCUAUCUAUCAAAGAUUAUUGUUACAUCUCUCUCUCUCUCUCUCUCUCUCUCUCUCUCUCUCUAUCUAUCUAUCUAUCUAUCUCUAUCUAUCUCUCUCAUCACAGACGGUUUCAGAUCUAUCUAUCACAGAAUACAUCUAUCAGUCUCUAUAUCACAGACUUUCAUAUCUAUCUAUCUAUCUAUCACGGAUUGUUGCAUUGUUACAUAUCUAUCACAGACUGUUUCAUAUCUAUCUACCUACCGCAAUCUCAUUUUAUCUAUCUAUCUAUAAAUCUAUCGUUCUAUUUAAGAUUGUUACACAUCUAUCUAGCUAUCUAUCUACCUAUCUAUUUGAAUCUCUUCAUAUCUAUCUAUCUAGUUUAGUCGUGUAUCUCAAUUUCUUUCUUUCUUUCUUUCUUUCUUUCUUUCUAUCUAUCUAUCUAUGUAUCUAUCUAUCUCCAUUUCUUUCUUUCUAUCUAUCUAUGUAUCUAUCUAUCUCCAUUUCUUUCUUUUUUCUAUCUAUCUAUCUAUCUAUCUAUCUAUCUAUCUAUCUAUCGCAAUUUCUUUCUUUUUUUCUAUCUAUCGCAAUUUCUUUCUUUUUCUAUCUAUCUCAAUUUAUUUUUUUUUCUAUCUAUCUAUCUAUCUAUCUAUCUAUCUAUCUAAAUUUAUAA